UAGACCCAUGGUUCCCGAAAAAGUAUCUACGUUCCUGGAUAACGAAGAGAAGGGAGUGUGGCGCGUGGGUCGGAACUACUUUUCGCAGUGGAGGUGAGCGUGCGUGUUCGUGACGCGGUCGAGGGCUCGCAAGAGAGAAAUGAAAUCUGAAAUGGUAAUGCCGCGCUAUGACCCGAAAAAAUAAAUGUUUCUCUUGGUCUGUGAGUGAAUAAUCGUCGAUUCGCCGAGCGGAAUGGAGGCCGGCGUGUCCAGGAACGAGGCCGCGAUAGCACCAGAGCUGUACUUCCUGAUCGCGAAAUUCCUGGCGGCCGGGCCCUGUCGAGAGAUCGCAACUACGCUCAAGCGCGAAUUAGAGCGGGCUAAGAUUUUGCCCCAGAGGGUUGAUUGGGAGGGAAAUACCCAUAAUCAGACAUUUGAAGAAUUGGAAAGAAAGUAUCCUCACCUGGGAGAAAAUCAUUUAUUGCAAAUAUGUGCACGUAUUGGACCUGUAUUAGAAAAAGAAGUACCACCAUGUGUACCUGGGGCUAUUUCCUUACUUGGGGCAGGCAGGCAGUCCUUACUGCGUACACACGCAGAUUUAUUACAUCAAAUACGUGGAGUCAUGGCAUACUCUGGAAGGCUGGGAGGAAAGCCUUUCCUCCAUCUUCCAUCCAGUACGUUAACUCACAAUAUUGUCCGUGUACUCCAGGGAAGAGAGAAUUCAGGUCCCCUCAGUCGACACGAGGCAAUUCAAACAAAGUUUUACAGCAAAAUGCAAUUAUAUCGACAUACGCUGGGUCAUUUGUCUGCAGUAUAUUGUGUUUUAUACGAUCGAACUGGCAAAUACGUCAUAACCGGUGCUGACGAUCUACUGGUUAAAGUAUGGAGUACCAUAGAUGGACGUUUGUUAGCUACAUUCAGGGGUGCAUCUGCUGAGAUCAUGGAUAUUGCAGUGAAUUUCGAUAACACUCUCUUAGCUGCAGGAAGUUUAGAUCGAAUAUUGAGAGUCUGGUGUUUUCAAACAAUGUCUCCUGUGGCUGUUCUCUCUGGACAUUCCGGUAUGAUCACUUCCGUAAACUUUUGUCCUAUUUCUUGUAAUGGCGUGAAUUAUCUGGUAUCCACAAGUACUGAUGGUUCAGUAGCAUUUUGGCCUCAUACUAAGAAACCUAAUGAGAGGGCUGUUUUUCAGACAAAACCCAUUCAGUAUCAUGAAAAAAUGAGGCCUGGUCAGGCGCAAAUGAUCUGUGCAUCGUUUAGUCCUGGUGGUGCUUUCAUGGCUGCUGGAUCUGCAGAUCAUCACGUGCGAGUUUACGCAAUGUUGGGUGAUGAAGGUCCGCGUCGGGUUUUAGAAGUCGAAUCACAUUCCGAUACUGUUGAUAGCAUUCAGUGGGCACAUAGCGGUCUUAAGUUUAUAUCAGGUUCUAAGGAUGGUACUGCAAAUGUCUGGCAUUUUGAACAACAGCAAUGGAUGCAUAAGCGUCUCUUAAUGACUACAAAACUACCUGGUGAGCCAGAAGGUGACGAUGAUUCAAAUAAAAAAGCAAAGGUUACAAUGGUUAGUUGGGAUGUCAGUGAUGAGUGGGUUAUCACAGCAGUGAAUGACAGCUCACUGAAAGUGUGGAAUGCUAAAACUGGAGAACUGGUUAAAGUUUUACGAGGCCAUAAGGAUGAAGUGUUUGUCCUGGAAUCUCAUCCGAUGGAUCCUCGAGUCAUAUUGAGUGCUGGGCACGAUGGACAGCUUAUUAUUUGGGAUGUGUUGAACACAGAGCCUAUAGCUUGUUUCCAGAAUUUUAUCGAGGGUCAAGGCAAUGGUGCUGUAUUCGAUGCUAAAUGGUCACCAGACGGUACGAUGUUAGCGGCAACUGAUUCUCAUGGCCACUUACUGAUGUAUGGAUUUGGAUCUGGCAUUGAAAGACUGAAAAUUGUUCCAAAGGAGUUGUUCUUCCAUACAGAUUAUAGACCGUUAAUCAGGGACAGCAAUCAUUACGUUCUGGAUGAACAGACGCAAACAGCUCCACAUUUAAUGCCACCGCCGUUCCUCGUUGACGUAGACGGCAAUCCUUAUCCUCCAGCAUUACAGCGUUUAGUUCCGGGUAGAGAGAACUGUAGAGGAGAACAGUUAGUUCCAAAUAUUGCUGUUGGUGCCGGAGGAAUGCAAGAAGUAAUAGAGGGCCUGCCAGUACCGGAGCCACGAUCAAACAUAGACAGAUUGAUCGAGGCUUUAGCACAGAGACAGAAUAUUAAUGCUGAGGGUGAAGUUGCUGGAGAUGAACGCGAAGAUAAUCAGGGAGAUCUACCUGUUCGUCAAAUAGCUAGUCCUCGUGGCAGUAGACCAGGUUUACGAAGAGCUGGCGAUGUUGAAGGUGUUAGACAGAGCAGUGGCAACUGGCAAAGAGAUAAUACAACACCUUGGAAUAAACCUAUACUAGCGAAACCUGUAAAUCCUGCAAUACGCGAGACUCACUUCAGACAACUUGUUCAAUUUUUCAGCAACGCAAUGGCAGAGAUGGAGUUAGAGAAUUGGAGACGUGAAAUGCGACGAAGACCACAGCCUAUCUCAAAUGCUAUAGCUGCUCCAGGAGGAAUUGGAGGACGUCUUGCUAAUCGUAAACGAAACAGAGGUACUCGCCAUGGUUAUAGAACUAGGGCUACCAGAGGCGAAGAACAAGAAGACGACGAAUACGACAAUGUGGAUAAUGUGGGAACAAGUGCAAGCUCAGCAAGCAGUAAUAGCAAUGACUCCACUGCCCAUGAGGAAGAUCUGUGUUCGGACAGUUCAACCUCUGACUCUAGUAGCGAAUAUUCUGAUUGGAUUGCGGAUCAUGGAUUAAAUUUGGAACCGCCUAAGAGAAGUAAACGGAAACCUGUUAAAAAAAGAUCGGUGACACCACCUAGCGAUACCGAUCGUAGGCGAAGUCAACGACCUAGAAAAAAGAUAUUGACAGUUCCAAAUGGCGUGCACGAAGUUCCUGAAGCGUUUCGGCCAUCAGAAUGGCUUACAGAAGUUAUACCUCGUAAAGCGCCAUACUAUCCGCAAAUGGGGGACGAGAUAGUGUACUUUCGACAGGGUCAUCAAUUUUAUUUAGACGCAGUUAGAAAUAAACAAGUCUAUGAACUUGGUCCUCGAUGCGAGCCAUGGUCCAAAGUGAAUAUAGGACCACAGGAAUUCGUGAAAGUCGUAGGUAUUAAGUAUGAAAUACGUCCUCCGCGACUCUGUUGCCUUAAAUUAGCUGUGAUGGAUGAAGACGGUCGUUUAACUGGAGAUAAUUUUACAAUAAAAUAUCACGACAUGGCAGACGUACUGGAUUUUCUCGUUUUACGACAAACAUUCGAAACGGCAUUGGCACGCAGUUGGUCGGAGGGCGAUAGAUUUCGAUGUAUGAUAGAUGACGGCUGGUGGAUGGGACAGAUUCAGUCGAUGGAACCCCUGGACGAGAAUUUUCCUGAGUCCUUCUUUAUGUGCUUUCGCGUAAGAUGGGAUAACGGUGAAUUUGAAAGAAUGAGUCCUUGGGAUCUCGAGCCUAUUGACGAAGACAGAUCUGGUACAGGACUACCGGCAGAAGUUGGCGGAGCAGUUCCUGUACUGCCCGAAGAGAUACAGGCGACGUUAUAUCAACCGCAGACAGAGGAAUGGCCGAUGGGUGACAGGGAAGCAACAUGUCGUAGGAUUAUUCGCGGUUUGGAUCAAGUUAUGAGUCUGGCUAUAGCAGAGCCAUUCGUGGCUCCUGUUGAUCUCAAUAUCUAUCCCACUUAUGCGUUUGUUGUGGAAUAUCCUAUUGACUUGUCGACCAUCAAAGCUCGGUUUGAGAACCAUUUUUAUCGAAGGAUUACAUCAGCUCAAUUUGAUGUCAGAUACUUGGCGACUAAUGCUGAACAGUUUAAUGAGCCGCAUAGUCAAAUCGUUAAACAAGCCAGGAUAGUUACGGACUUAUGCCUACGUAUUAUUAAAGAAACUAUAGAGAUUGACGUUCCGGCCGUUUAUCACCAGCUGGUAGAUACGUAUCAUUCUUCUGAUACGGAUGGAGAUGCUGAAGAUGACAAAGACAGACCGUCCACGAGUACGCAAAAACCGACAUCAAGUAGAAACUUACGUUCACAGGAAAUUUCGCAGGAUUGGAAACUAGCCUGCCGGCAAUUAUUAGAGAGUCUAUGGCAGUGUGAAGAUUCUAUACCUUUCAGAGAGCCUGUGGAUAGAUUAGAGCAUCCAGAUUAUUAUCAAAUAAUUGAUACACCGAUGGAUAUGCGCACCGUCAAGGAAGAUCUUUUGGGAGGAAAUUAUGAAACUCCAUUAGAAUUUGCCAAAGACAUGAAGUUGAUAUUUACCAAUAGCAAAAAUUACAAUACCAAUAAGCGUUCGAGGACACAAAUUCUGAUAUACUCCAUGACAAUAAGGUUGUCAGCUAUGUUCGAGGAACAUAUACGAAGGAUAAUUAGCAAUUGGAAAUCUGCGAGACGGCGUAUCGAGAAUGCUAGUAGAAACAAAGGAAGAGCAAAGGGUAAAGCACAGAAAGGCAAAGUCCGCUUGACAAACGGAGCUGGCCCUUCGAAAGCAAAAUUAGUUAGUAGCGACGAAGAUGAGGAUGUAAAUAUUGAGAAUGACGAGGAGGAGGAGGAGGAAGAAGAAGAGGAAAAGAAUAAGACACCUGUAAAGCAAAAGAGGACAGUUCCUCAAAACUCUGAUGGUCCAGGUCCAUCAAGAAUGACAAAUGGCCACAGCAAACGAAAUGGCAGCGCAUCACGUCCCACGAUAAGACUUCGCAUUUCUCGAAAUGCAGCAGCGAAAAAGACGAAGAAAAGCGACAGUGACGGAAGUGAAUCCGAGGCAUCAAUGGAGAGUGAAAGUAGCGACAGCGCGCCUAUGCGAAGAACUAGAAGACGUAAUAAAACAAUGAGUAGUGGAGGUGGUGAUAGUGAUUCGGGAGACAGUUAUAAACCCGGAGGUCGUGGCAAACAAACCCGUAAGAAUCGGGCAAAAAAUAGUAAAGUUUCGAAACAGAACAAGUUAAAAGCAAAAUCCUUUGUAGUAGCAGACGACGAGGAAGACGAAGAUGAGGAAGAUCAAUUCCUGGAGCCUGAAACGACAGACGAGAGCGAAGAAGAGGUCGUGCAGAGGAAUUCAACCAGGUCUCGGAAGUUGGCACCGGUACAAGAAUCCGUACCGGAAACAAAGGACGAAUCGGAGGAAGAAAGAAGCAACAAUGCACAAAGUGACAGCGACGAAGAAGACGAAGCACCGCAGCAACCUUCCAACGCUUCGGAUUCGGACUCUGAUGAGGAUUCUGAUAAAGGAUUCGAGAGGACCAGGUCCCAGAGGAAGGCACGGAUGUCUAGGGACUCCAAUAGCCCAGAAGCCACGCAGCACUCCCGACGUACUGGGAAACGACCACGUUACAACGAAGAGAGUGACGAGAGUGGAACGAUGCCAGUUAGAAAUCGUCGUAGAGUUAAACGGCGCUACUAUGCUGAGGAAAGUGAUGAGAGCUUACACGAACCCGGCAUUAGUAUAAGCAGUAGAGGGCGGGUGCGCAAGAUGACAGCACGCGCACGUGCCUUUCUCCUGGAAUCACCCUAGCGGCCUUUUUCAUGCUAGUGCAGGUAAAUGUAUACUUGAGACUUCUUAAUAAGAUUUUCUAGGAAUGUCUGAAGGGAGUCGCAGAGAAGACGGUGACGGUGAAAUUUAAUUUCUUUAAACAAUUAAUUGCGAACGUUAUGCGUCGUAGGAUACGCGAUGUUUAUUCUAUGGUGUGAUUGUGUCUUUGAUUGGAUCUUUCAAGAAAUUAUUAAACACUAAUGGUCCGUUAAGUGAAGUGUCGCGUGAGUAAUUACAGAUUACAAAUUUAUGAGUAUCGUCCAUUAAGUUAAUACACAUUUAUUAAUUAACGUACUAUUUAGGAAUGUGUGAUGAAUAAUGUCAGAAGAGGAAAUGAAUCUUUUUAUCCUUGCAACUUUAACAUGUUCGUUGAAUGCUCCUGACGUUGAAAAUUCAAAGAGAUCUAAUAUCUUCUUAAUAUUAUCUUAGAAAUACUUUUAGCGCACUUUGGCGUAAAUCGCAUAACUUUUACAAGUCUUUCUAUUCGUUGUCACGCAUAGAGACACAUGAUCGCAUGGAAUAAUGGAGAUCAUCGAUAUUGCCUAAGGUAACCCGAAUGAGGGGUUUGAGGCGUGAAAAAUCCAAGCAUCGCGCAGAGUAAACAAUUCUGGAAAAACAUUGCCAUUGAGACCUCCGUCGCUUUGCUUAACUCUGCCAAAACGCAAGUGGAAUAAAUAACCAUUGUCUUUUUAAGCAGCUACAUACGGUAGUCAUUUAAUAUUGUAAAUACGAUUAUAAUUCAUAUUGACGUAAUCGCGACACUCGCGAAAAUCAACUUCAACGAAAUAAUUACUGUAAAUGGAAUCAGCAGAAUGAUAACGUUGCAAUUUUUUAACGGAGUUACUACUGAAAAUAAUUCGUACACCGUUUCUCGUCAUAUGGACAUUGCAGAUGAAAUUGCUAUAUGAACUUUAAUGCAACGAUGCUUACAUGAAUUCGUGAAGAACUUUAGCAAAAAAAAGUGAUAUCUCAUCAACCACUGCGUAACGACGACCUCUGUGUCUGUAAUGACACCACUUGAAAUAUUGAGCAUUAAUGUAAAUUAUACAUUUCGUACCAGGUACUUAUCUGUAAAAUAGAAUUAAUUUCCUUUUGUAAUACAAGAUAGAUGAUAGUAAAGUUAGGUGUGCGGCUGGCAAGGCGAAAACAGACGAGGGGCAGUGUCUUUACGCAUUGUAAUUAUUGAUUUAAAAGAACACUGCCACGAGCGUAUAGUAGGAGACAAAAAGUGACGAGUAAAAAAAAGUUCUGAUGAAACAAUUUGAAUAAAUAGAAAAUGUGUUGCUAAUAAUUAGUUUAUUGUAACUGUUAAGUCAUUUGAUACGUCUACGUUAGGCGGGAAAUGUUUCAAUAAGUUAGGAGAUAAACAGCAUAACAUGUAAAUGCUGCAAUGUAAAUUUUACGGAGAAUCUGAUAACAUUUAUGUUUAAGACCAAUGGCGGGCAGGACUGUUCGCCUUCUGGAAUCCAUACUUGUUCUCAUGGACACGAUAUAACUGCUGACGAAUUGUUAUUUUCUUCAAUUUCCUUCAAUCUUUUUAGCAAAUUCAAAGUACCUCUACAAUCCAAAAUGCGUGAAUAAAAGGAAAUAUAUAAUAAUGCAAGCAUACAGAAUAGUAUCAAUUAUGAUGAAUGGGCGAAUUGUUUGAUCUUAUUUUGCUAUUUCUUAUGUGUAUAGGACAAGCGUAUGUAACAUAGAUCUACUUGCAUUAUAUAUUUAAUGUAUAAAAUUUAUGGAUUGAAGUUUAAAUCAAGAAGAAAAAAAAAAUAUGGAUUACGAAAAUAAUGUUUGUGCACAACUAUUGGAAGUCUUGACUGUCUCAAGCCAUUGUGAUAUUAGCUUAAGAAUAUCGGAUAUAUGAUAAUGAUAAUAUAAAUAUUGAUAACUAGGGCUACGAUGGUUAUUUUUUUAACAAGGCAUUAACUGAAAGGGGCAGCAUAUCACGUAGACUCCGGUAGCUCAGACGUCGUUCAACUGAGACUGUUAUCAUUUUAUAAUACCGCUACCUUUGUCUAUUAUGAUUGUGUUUAAGCGACAAUUAACGUAGGGUCUAAUAUGGUGAACUACUUAUUUCUUGAUUUAAUGUAAUUUUCCGUAUAUAAGUCUCUUCAAUGAUUUAAUUAGACGAGUUAGUGACAUUCAUUAAUAAUAAUAAUUAUUAUUAUAAUUUGGACUAGCGCACGUUUCCACGGUGGUUCUAACGUUGACAACACAACCAGCGUGUUUUGUUUAUGUACAGUAUAGUUUUGCGUCCCACCGCUACUAAUAAAAACUUACGAUACCGUUUGAUAACGAUAACCUGUAUCAGUUAUCUCACCACUAAAUUCUCAUUCGUUUUGCAAACAAUCCAAGGAAAUCGAGCGAUUUCAUUAUUCAAAUUGUUGAAAAAUUGUUGCACCGCCCAUUCUUCACCCCCUAUUCUCUUUUAUGAUAAUUUAAUACUGACGCAGUAUAAUUUAUUUUUUAUUAUUAUAUCAUCACUUCCGCCAUUAGGUCCAAUUAUGGCGAAAUCUGGAUAACACAUAAAAACAACCUACCUCUUCUAAUGUUAGACAAACUAGUUGCUGCUGUAAUAAAAUAUUUGAUGAUUACCCAAAUAGAAUAACAAAUGGAUGUCACAUCUUUUUCUCAACACUUGGUUCCGUUUAGAGUACGAGUUUUUAUUGGGGAGCUUGAGAGUAAAAAGAGGCCGCCUCAAGCGUAAGAGCCUCUUAAUCAUUUUAGUGGUGUAUUCAUUACUUUUUUUUUCAAUGAUAUGAACUUCAGUCAAAUUCCAAGCGAAUGUCAAGUAUAAUAAACUCUAGUUAAAAUUAAAGAAGAAGGCAUCGUCCACUAUAUGUUUUAUGUAAUAGUCCUCUCAUCGUACCGAUUACAUGUUUUACAUGAGUUUCUGCAUAAUACAUCCACUUAAAAACAUACUUAAAGUAACUUCUCUUUUGGUAUCUCUUUCAUUGUACUCUUCUUCUGUUUAUAAAUGAUUAAUCAUUGAUCAUCGCAAUAACGCAAGUUUGCGACUUUAUUUCCCAGUAAAUAAGCAACUUAAAUUAGAUUAGGUCUUUCAUUAUUCAUUCAUACAAAUGAUUCUCUUGCUCUUUCUCAUAAAAUAAUUUGAAUCGAAUAAUCAUGAUUUGCAAAUCGCUCGUAUUACCUGAUAACAGAUGAAGUGAACUAUUAUUGCAGGGCGUUUGAUAUAACAUAUCAACAUCCACUAUUCAUCGUUUCAGUCUGUCAGUUCGGUACCACGUUGGUAUCCUUAGUUAUUCUUAUUGAUUAAUAUUAUUAUUAUAUUCCGGAUAAAGGUACGAUUGCGUAUAAUAGCGUGUACGUGUGUCUUCUUUAUUAGUCAACUUAACAAUUUGUACAAGGGUGGACCACGCGCAUUUUUAUCAUCGUCAGGAAUAACGUAACAGGAAUGUUGGUCCUUACGAGAUACAAGUUUAAUGUAUUUUCAUAA